AUGAAUCCAUCAUUUUCUGACACUGAUGAGUUAUUCAAGAAAGCUGCCUUGCUUGCCAUUGAAUACUCCAAAGCAAGUCCUAUAUGGUGGUGUCCUCCCCCAGAAUCUGUCGGCACUACCACUGUGAAGAGGUGCUUGAACCAGAGUCAAAGACAGUUUGAAAGCUCAUCUCUUAUAACAUUUGAUAGAGUGAAGAGUGAGGUAGUAGAAGCAAAUGAUGAACUUGACAAUAUUGGUGGUCUUAUAGCAUCUGAUGGAGUGAAGAGUGAGGUGGUAGAAGCAAAUGAUGAACUUGACAAUAUUACUGGUCUUGUAGCAUCUGAUGGAAUCAAGAGCGAGGUGGUAGAAGCAAGUGAUGAAUCUGCUGAUGGUGGUAGUCCUACAACAUGUGUUCCAUUUAGGCGCUCUAAGAGAACCAAGAUUAAAAUGGGUAAAAGGAAACAGAUGAAUGCAUCUCUUGAUUCUGCCUGCAACAAAGCUCCUAUUGAUUUAGGCGACCAAGCAUAUCCAUGUGUUCACUGUGGAGCUAUUAUGUGGAUAAAUGAACGACUUGAAAAAAAUUGUUCUAACCUUCAUCCAAAGUUUGGAUUAUGUUGUCUUCAAGGGAAGGUUGACUUGCCUAACCCAAAGCAUGCUCCUUGGCAACUACAGAGGCUAUUUCACUCCAUAGAUGAUGAUAGUAAGAAUUUUCUUGAUAAUAUUAGAGCAUACAACAUGAUGUUUGCAUUCACGUCCAUGGGCGGAAAAGUUGAUAAAAGAGUAAACAAUGGUCGUGGUCCUUAUGUGUAUUGUAUUAAUGGCCAAAACAUGCAUAUGAUAGGCAGUGUUUUACCUGUUGAAGGAGCACCCCCUAAAUUUUCUCAGUUAUAUAUACAUGACACUUCCAACGAGACAACAAAUAGGAUAGCUGCUUGGCCAAGACACAAAAAAUCUUUGCGGCCUUCUAUUGUCCAACAAUUGCAAAAAAUAUUGGACAAUCACAAUGAAUUAGUUAAAACUUAUAGACUUGCUCGAGAUUUUAUGGGGAAUCAUCAAGGUCAGGAAGUUAAGAUUCGACUCAUUCAUAAGGGUGGUAAAAAUGCUCAUACAUAUAAUUUGCCAACAUCACCUAACGAAAUAGCAGCCUUGGUUGUGGGAGACAUUGGAUCAACUGAACUUGGAAGAGAUAUUAUUAUUCAAUAUAGAAGUGGUUUGCUUGAGCGAAUUUCUGAGACACACCAAUCAUAUUUGCCAAUGCAAUACCCUCUAUUAUUUCCAUAUGGAGAUGGAGGCUAUACUGAAGGUAUUCCACAUAAGAAGACGCAACGAAAGAUGAAAGGUGAGAGUGGAACUGUGUCACUUCGGGAAUAUUUUGCUUACAAUAUCCAAGAUCGAGCAUUGGAUGGAUCACUACUUUUAUAUGGCCGUAAAUUAUAUCAACAAUAUUUGGUUGAUGCAUAUACCAUGAUUGAGUCAUAUAGAUUGAGAUAUAUCAGGAUGAACCAAAAAAAACUACGAGCAGAGGUUUAUAAUGGUUUAGCAGAUGCAGUUUUUAGAGGUGAUACUCAGGCUUCAUUUGUAGGGAAACGAGUAAUCCUUCCAUCUUCUUUCACUGGUGGUGCCCGUUACACAAUGCAAAACUACCAAGAUGCAAUGGCUAUUUGUAGAUGGGCUGGGUUUCCAGAUUUGUUCAUAACUUUUACAGCUAAUCCAAAAUGGCCUGAAAUGACUAGAUUUUUGGAAGCUCGUCAACUUCGUAUAGAAGAUCGUCCUGACAUUGUCACACGUAUAUUUAAAAUGAAGCUAGACUUGCUUAUCAAAGAUAUUAGAAAAGAGGAAAUUUUUGGAAGUGUCAAAGCAGGAAGAACAACAAGCAUUUUUCUGUGA